AUGGCGGCAGCAGACGUGGCUCCCCAGUUUGGAGCGGAACUAAAGGACUCUUUCAAACCAGUGAAUGCUUGGGUAUCGAAUGGCAUUACAUGGCUCGAAGAGAUCCAACAAUUCUACCGCGAACGCAGCGCCAUAGAAAAAGAAUAUGCAGCCAAACUGUCCGCGCUGUGCAAGAAAUACCAAGAUCGAAAAGCAAAGAAGAUCAGCCCGUUAAGUGUCGGUGACACCCCGACUAUGACCCCGGGUUCCCUCGAAAGCGCCUCACUCACAACAUGGUCCGCCCAAUUGACAACGGUCGAGGCUCACGCGGCGGAGCGCGACAAGUUCGGGACGGAGUUGGUCACUCAUAUUGCUGAACCGCUGAAGCAGGCGGCCACGCAAUAUGAAGAGGUUCGCAAAUGCCAUGCGGAUUACCAUGGCAAGCUUGAAAAAGAGCGAGAUGCCUCAUACGGUGAAUUGAAGAAGGCCAAGGGCAAAUAUGAUGGUGCUUGUCAGGAGGUCGAGUCGCGGCGCAAGAAGAUGGACUCUUCAUUCGAUCAUGGCAAGACCAAGGCGCAGAGCGCAUUUCAGCAACAAUUACUGGAGAUGAAUAACUACAAGAACUUAUAUCUACUCAGCAUCAAUGUGACGAACAAGUUGAAGGAGAAAUUCUUCCACGAAUAUGUCCCGGAGGUUCUUGAUGGACUGCAAGACCUCAACCAGACUCGAGUGAUCAAGUUGAAUGCUCUGUGGACUCUUGCUACACAACUAGAAAAAACAAGUCUUACAAACAGCGUGAACAAUGCCACUAGUCUCCUCACUGAGAUCCCCCGCAAUGACCCCCGCCUGGACUCAAUGAUGUUCCUCCAGCACAAUGCAAUUCAGACUCAAGAGCCCGCCAAUAUGGGUUUUGAGCCCAGUCCUGUUUGGUCCGAUGAUGCGUCUAUCAUCACUGACGAUGCUGCUAAAAUUUUCCUGCGCAAUCUGCUGGGCCAGAGCAAAGCGCAAGUACGCGAACUGCGCGUUGAGUCAGACCGAAGGAGGCGUGAGGUUGAGGGUUGCAAAAAGAUCAGAGAUAAUAUCCGACAAGGCAAAGACAACCGCAAUGAGCUUGACAUUGUACGGAACAUCUUCCAGUGGCAGGAGAGCUUGCAUGAAGUAGACCGCAAAUGGCUGACGGCCGAGGUCGAAACGUCCACCAUUAUCGCGGUGGUGGGAGACUUGUCUGUGGGGGCGCAGAACCAUAAUUUCCGAUCGCAAACAUUCAAAAUACCUACCAACUGUGACUACUGUGGUGAUCGUAUCUGGGGAUUGUCUGCCAAGGGUUUUGACUGCCAGGACUGUGGCUACACAUGCCAUAGCAAAUGCCAGAUGAAGGUGCCAGCAGAGUGUCCAGGCGAGCAGUCGAAGGAGGAAAAGAAGAAGCUUAAAGCUGCUAGACAAGAGCAAGCAGGUACUGGGCCUACUGUUGAUCUUGAAUCCUCCGCAGCCUCAACUACUGCGCCGUCCCUUACUCGCCAGAAUACUAUGAAUUCUCUCAGCUCGGGAUAUGCAGCUAGUGGAGCCCGUUCGGUAUCCAAUGUGGCCACCCAACCUACACCUGAGGACCCAACAGAUGAAGCCCCUCCCCCUGUCGCUGAGACUAAGCCAAACACUGGCCGUAAACACCGAAUCAUGGCACCGCCUCCCAUCGCGUACACUACCGCGCCACCCCCAGAGCCAACCGCAACGCAUAAACCCAAGGGCAAGAUGCUGUACUCGUACGAAGCCACUGGUCCUGACGAAGUGACUGUACAGGAUGGAGAUAAUGUGACAAUUGUUGAAGCCGAUGAUGGAUCCGGUUGGCUGCGUGUGAGCAUUGGUGGUCAAGAUGGCCUUGUACCAGCCUCUUAUGUCGAAGCGGCACCAGCCCCAUCUCCAGUCCCAUCAGCUAGCUCUGGCCUGCCCGAGCGACCAGGGUCUACCUACUCAAACUCCUCCGCCUCACUGGCAGCUCCGAAGCGAGUGGGUCCGGCAGUGGCGCCACGCAGAGGAGCUAAGAAACUCCAAUAUGUGGAGGCGUUGUAUGACUAUGAGGCCCGCAGUGAUAUGGAGUGGAACAUGACAGAGGGUGAUCGAUUUGUCUUGGUCAAUCGCGACAGCGGAGACGGUUGGGCAGAUGUGGAGCGGGGUGGAGUCACAAAGAGUGUUCCAGCGAACUACAUCCAGGAGGCGUGA